AUGAAUAUAUCAGUGGAUUACAAAGUUGCAGUGUUUAAACCGACAUUAUAUAUUGGGGAAUGUUGGAAGUCGGUGGAAGGUUGCAAUUGGCAGAUCUUACUUCUUGCAGUUGCUCAAGACGGUAACAGGAACGUGCUCCCGAUAGCAUUUGCCAUCGUAGAUAAGGAGAACAUGGAAUCGUGGGAAAUCUUCCUUACCAACCUGCGGAGGUAUGUUAUUAGCAACGAUAAUAAUUGUAUCAUCUCCGAUAGAGGGAAAGGAUUAAUUGCUGCCAUUAGACGUUCUGCCCAUGAGCUAGAGCCACACAUUUUCCGCCAAAGAAUCAUUCGACUUGAGAGUGACAUGGAGGGUCAAACGAAUACAUCUUUUCGACAGUGGUUGGGUACUAUGGAGCCAUGGCGAUGGGCUCAAAGUUUUGACGAGGGCUUUCGUUAUGGUCAGAUAACCACAAACUUAGUGGAGGGGGUCAACGCUGUGUUGUUGAAAACACGACAUCUUCCGAUUUCAUCUGUCUUCUCGGCUACAUUCUACAGGUUGGCUACCUUGAUGCCAAGAAUGGGUCAGCAACAAGUCAACCAGAUGGAGGCAGGACACGUGCUUGUCGAAGAUGUUAGAGAUGCAAUAGUUGUAAACCGUCAGAUGGCGAGGUCGAUGAAUGUAGAGAUAUAUUCACGACGCCUUGAAACGUUUCGUGUUACGGAGACCAUUAAUCGUCGACCCGGCAUACCACCUAGGUCCUAUGGAGUUGAUCUCCGGAACAGACGGUGCGAUUGCAGGAGAUUCCAAACACUUCAUUAUCCAUGUGCGCAUGUCGUGGCAGCGUGUGCUAAAGUGAACCUUAAUGUUGAACAAUUUAUCGAUGAUGUAUACACACUUGAGCGCACGUUAUGUGUCUGGGAAAAUGAGUUCCCCGUCUUGCCUGACCUGUCUACGUGGGAGGUACCUAUGACGACUUUCAAGCUUGUCCCAGACAGAGGGCUACGCAGGAAUCCGAGAGGUCAUCCGCAAUCAUCCAGAAUCCACAAUGAAAUAGACAUUAGGAAGAAAUUUGACGGUAAGCGUUGUGGAUUAUGCAAGUUAGCUGGUUAUUCCCGAAACAAAUGCCCGCAGCGAAACUAUCAUGUUGGACAAUUGUCACGAUCCGAUAGGAAUUGA